AUGACGAGUGGCACUAUAUUAGAUAGUGAAGAUUUCGAUUUUACUGGUAUAUUUCCUACAUGUACGAAUGGGUUUAGUUGGAUAUCACAUCAUCAUAACAGAAAUCAGGAAUCUCAUAAAUUUACAACAUUAUGUAGUGAUUUUUACAAAGAUGAAGGAUUAGAAAACAGAUCUUCUGAUUUUUCUAUUUUGUGUCGUGUUCUAGGCUUGUAUUUAAAACAUAUAGAAAGUAAAGGAUAUGGCAUUAAUCUAAAAUCAUGUUGUGAAUUAUUCUAUUAUAAACUAGAAAAAGAACUAAUGCAUAGUUUUAAAUUAAAAUGUACUGAUUCUCUACAAUGCUAUGAGAAGAUGACAAAAAAAAAAAGUAUACGGAAUUUUCCAACAACCAUAUCUAAUAUAUGUAUGAAAUAUUAUGAAAAUGUUGAAGAAGAUACAUAUAAACUAUUGGAACAUCUUUUUAAAAUAUAUUACUAUAUUGAUCUCUUUAAAAAUCGCUCUCAAUGUACCACUACAGAAAUGCGCAAAUUCCAACAGAAAAUUAUAGACUUAGAAAAUUAUAGUUGUAAUAAUAAAAGCCGACUUAAGGCAGAACUCGAAAAAAUUAUUAAUGUAUGUGAAGGCUAUAUAAUAGGUUGGAAAGAUCAUCAUACCGCAAAGCACGCCGCAUAUCUCCUAACAGAAAAAAAUUGGAUAGGCCUCAGAAAAAUGAAACUCACGGAAUUAGGUGAUGAAAUUUUGAAGAAGAAAAGGAAAAAAGAUGUAAAAACUACAGAAAUUAUGGAACAAGAAACAAUACAUUCUCAACUUUUAAUGGACAAUGUGACAGAUGAUGUAACAAACACAGGAUUAAGUAAUGGAACGGCUUUUAUAGGUUUUUCAAUAUUAAUAAUUACGUUUAUUUUGUAUAAGUAUUCAACUUAUUUUUCAUUUUUAAAGCCAAGUGUACGAAAAUUAAGAAGAAAGUUUAAUAAAAAUAACAAAAAUAAUCUGGACUUUUUGAAUUCAUUCGAUGUUGAAUACAAAAAUAUAAAUGAUAAUAUCUAUAAAAUAUCAUAUAGCUAA